AUGGAAAUCGACGACAUCCUCGCCUCCGUCGACCACUCCGACGUCUCCAGCCCAGAAUCCACAGCCCUCGACCACCAACUCCUCACACGCUUCUGGGUCGCCGAGCGCAGCGUCCCAGAGCUCCUCCCAUGGCCCGCGCGGUUAAUGGACCGCAUGAUGGAGCGCGUACGGCAGCAGAUCGAAACAAUCGAAGACCUAGCCGCCGCAUCCUCAGAUCCCACAUCGAUAUCAAACAACUCGACGCAAAACGCAACACUCACCCUCUCAAUCCUGCAAACCGACCUCUCACGAACUCAAUAUCUCCUCCGCUCCCUCCUCCGCAACCGCCUAUCAAAACUCACCAAGCACAGCAUGCACUACCUCCUCCUUUCCUCGCACAACGCGCCAACACCACCACCUGCGUCCGGGAGCUCCGAAGCCAAACACCAAAGCCCCGAAGACUCGGUGCCCCUUCCAGACCCGGAAAACCUCCCAUCAUCUUCCCCGCUAAGCCCAUCUGAAGCGACGUUCCUCUUCACGCACCAGCAGUUGCUAGCUAAGCACUUCGGCUCCAGCUUUUUGAGUUCCUUCCCGCCACAGCUUCGGAGGCUGGAUGAUAAUGCCGGCGGAACGAGUAUGGUGCAGGGGCCGGAUAAGCGCGAGGUUGUCUUUGUGAGAUGUCUUGCGGAGGAGGUGGGGCUACUUGCGCCGCCGGGGCCGGGGGAGGACAUGGAUGAGGAGGUGGUUGGACAGACCAUGAGGAUGGGGGAUGUUUGGGUUGUGAGGUGGGAGGCUGUUAAGGCGGCUUGGGAGAAGGGGGAUGUGGAGGUUCUGUGA